AUGACCUGCAAUACAUUAUUGCACUUUCAUGAUGUUAUCAUUCGAGAGGAUGAUUUUUGUACCCUUGACGAACAUAAUUGGUUAAAUGAUACUAUUCUUGAAUUCCAUAUGGAAUAUCUCGAGCGUACUUUUGUUACGUCCGAGACGAGUAUUCAAUUAUUGCGACCGGCUAUUGUACAGCUAAUUACCCAUACACAUGAUCCUCGACAGAUAAUUUCUGCUUUACCCCCUCGCCUGAACGAGCAGAAUGCGAUAUUUAUACCUGUGAAUGAUGGUCGUCCUUCUGCUGCUAAUAGUGGAUCUCAUUGGUCUCUACUUGUAUUUCUUCGACCGUCUUGCGCAUUUUAUUACUAUGAUAGUAUGCGAUAUAGCAAUAUUCAGGAAGCACGACAUACGGCUCGCCAAAUGGCUCUUCUUCUUGGUCUAACCAAAAAGCCUGAGUUUAUUCCUACGUCGACUCCCCAACAGAACAAUGGUGCCGAUUGUGGUGUCUAUGUGAUCGGGAUUACUGAUAGUCUUGUCAAUCGAUUUAUGGAGCUCAAGGGAAAACCUAUCGAGGCCGACAAAUUGAUGAUGCUUCCCAAAUCUCACGUUGUAGAACCCACAAAGAUUAGGAACAAACUUAAAUGUCUUAUCCGUUCGCUUGGACACACAGACUAA